CGCGCUGGGCGCUCGCUGCCCUCACCCGGGAGCCGGCCGCGCAGGGCAGUGCUGCCCGCCGGGGUCCAGUUCGCUAGCCGAGGCCCGCGUUGACGCCAGCGGUUGCUCUUCGGGGCCCACAGGACGGAUUUCUGGGCGGCCGCGCGGGCGUGUGGCCUGCUCUGAGGCACCGCCCACCCCUCCCCCCCCACCGUCACGGAAACGACAGCUGCGGCGGCGGGGCCGGCGCCGCCUUUCUCCGCCGACCACGUCUGCCCCCGCCGCCACCGCGCAGCCGCCUCCCCGCUAGGUCCGCCGGCCGCAGCGCCCGGUUCCCUCCCAACAUGAACAUCAUGGACUUCAACGUGAAGAAGCUGGCGGCCGACGCUGGCACCUUCCUCAGCCGCGCCGUGCAGUUCACAGAAGAAAAGCUUGGCCAAGCAGAGAAGACAGAAUUGGAUGCUCACUUAGAGAACCUCCUUAGCAAAGCUGAAUGUACCAAAAUAUGGACAGAAAAAAUAAUGAAACAAACCGAGAUAUUAUUGCAGCCUAAUCCAAAUGCUAGAAUAGAAGAAUUUGUUUAUGAGAAACUGGAUAGAAAAGCGCCAAGUCGUAUAAACAACCCAGAACUUUUGGGACAGUAUAUGAUUGAUGCAGGGACUGAGUUUGGCCCAGGAACAGCUUAUGGUAAUGCCCUUAUUAAAUGUGGAGAAACGCAAAAACGAAUUGGAACAGCUGACAGAGAACUGAUUCAAACAUCAGCCUUAAAUUUUCUAACUCCUUUAAGAAAUUUCAUAGAAGGAGAUUACAAAACAAUUGCUAAAGAAAGGAAACUACUACAAAAUAAGAGACUGGACUUGGAUGCUGCAAAAACCAGACUGAAAAAGGCAAAAGCUGCAGAAACUAGAAGUUCACAACUAAACUCAGCCCGCCUUGAAGGAGAUAACAUUAUGGUAAAUUUCUCUUACAUGCUCAACUUCCUGCAUGUAAAAUGGCUGAAGAUUUGGGCAGAGGAAGUAACAAAAUCUGAACAGGAAUUAAGAAUAACUCAAAGUGAGUUUGAUCGUCAGGCUGAGAUUACCAGACUUCUGCUAGAGGGAAUCAGCAGUACACAUGCUCAUCAUCUUCGCUGUCUAAAUGACUUUGUAGAAGCCCAGAUGACUUACUAUGCACAGUGUUACCAAUACAUGCUAGAUCUCCAGAAACAACUGGGAAGUUUUCCAUCCAAUUAUCUUUCUAACAACAAUCAGACAUCCGGGACUCCAGUGCCAUCUGCUUUACCAAAUGCAGUUGGUUCUUCUGCCAUGGCUUCGCCCAGUGGUCUAGGAAUCACCCCUGCUUCCAAUGUCACUGACCUUAAGGAGUCGAGUGGCAGCAGGAAGGCCAGGGUACUCUAUGACUAUGAUGCUGCAAAUAGUACUGAGUUGUCCCUUCUGGCAGAUGAGGUGAUCACUGUGUUCAGUGUCGUUGGAAUGGAUUCAGACUGGCUAAUGGGGGAAAGGGGAAAUCAGAAGGGCAAAGUGCCAAUUACCUACUUAGAACUGCUUAAUUAAAUAGGUGGACUAUGAAAAAAUUACUCAUCAUGGCAUCGUAUUUAUAUAUAAAUAACUCUAAAGAAAGCAGGUUUAAGUAUCUUCUAUGGUAAUGUCCUAAGAGACUGGAAAACAAAAACAAAAACCCAGCCAUCAGAAACCAGCCCUUCUGCCAAUAAAGUUGCAUGGUAAAUAUUUCACUAAGAGUUUGUUAGCGCUUUCAUGCCAAGAAUGUUUCUUACAAAAUUCUCUUUCUACUGAGAUUUCACUAAUAAGCUGCUUCUACUUUUGAGCCCCAACUUAAAGCAGAAGAACUGUUUUCUACUGAAUUUUUCAUUAACUACAAGUUUUUUCUUUUAUGUAAAAUAAAUUUAUCGUGAAUUAAUAUCAAUGACUCAUUUAUUAGGUAUAAGUAAUAGCCAAAGAAUAAAGUUAAAAUUUGAUUUCAACUUUUGGUUUAAAAAUGAAUUGUAGGAUAUAAAUCUCCUUUGUGAAGAAUGUUUUUUUAAUGCAUCCAUGAACAGAAAUGCAGCUAUAUCAUUUAUACCUUGUCUAGCAGGAAUCAGAUGACUUCGAGACUAUGUUUUUUUAAUAGGUGUUUUUUAGCUUUUUGUUUUAUGAUUUUUAUAUUUUUUUAAUUUUUGAGAUGAGUCUCACUCUGUAGUCCAGGCUGGACUUGAACUCACUGUGUAGUCCAGGCUGGCCUCAAACUCAGCAGUCUUCCUGCCUCAGCCCCCCAAGUGCUAUAAUUACAGAUGUGUGCCACUAUGCCCAGCUGCUUUUUGUUUUUUGGGUUUUUGGGUUUUUGGACAGAGGAUCUCGCUAUGUCGUGUAGGCUGGCCUCUUAACUCACUUACACAGUCCAGGCUUGCCUUGAACUCCUCUUUGCCUCCCAAGUGCUGGGAUUACAGGAUGCACAACCGUGGCGUGCCCAGAUGUUUUAUUUUUAAAACACUACUGAAUCUUUUUUUUAAUGUGAGAAUAGCUAGCUCUUAAAAGUGUUACUAUAUUUCCCUGAUACAAUUGUAUUUAAGAUUCUAAAAUAUCUGGAACAAAUUCAGUGCAUUCAGAUUAUUAAUACAUAAUCAAAAUUUGAUUCAUUAAGAACAUACUGCCGCACAGUAAAGAGGAUUUGUUCUUGAACAACCCAUCUAUAUAAAAAUAUGAAUUAAUGAAACUAUAUUAUCAGUUAUAUACAAGCAAACUUGGUUGGUUACUCUAGGCUUAUUAGUAAAGCUUUGAAAAUGUGUUAAUGAAUAUAGGCAUCAUGAUUAGGAUCUCUGUUUAUGAAGCACACAGUAUUAUUAGUAGCAGAUUCAAAGCUAGAAAACUGCUAUUUGGGCCAGUGCCGUGAGUCAGCAGUUGUUAUAAAUCAGCAGAUUGAUGAUUUUGUUUUAUCUUAGGACUUCUGUUCUCCUUUAUCCAACAGAUGCUUGUUAAGAGUCAGACACUAUGUUGAUGACUGGGGCUGAUACCAUAAGCAAGGUGCCCCUGACAGAGCUUAACGGCCAAUAGAGGAUGCAGAAAAAUAAGCUGUUGUCCUGUAACAGAGUUAGUGUUAUGAAGGAAAUAAAGGGCAUCACCUAACGUGGAGGAGUAGAAUGGUUUGGGAUGGAAGUGUUCUGGAUACAAGGAAAAAGAUGCGCCAGGCCGAGAGAUGAGAGCAUCAGUAAUUCAGUCUGACUUAAACAUGAAGUCAAAGUGUGUUUCAGUUUUUCAGGGAAUGUCUAUCAAAAUGAUUUUUUCAGUAUUUUUAAAAAAUUAAUAUUUAAGCACAGCUUUUAAAUAAUGCCUUUUUUGUUAAGCACUCCUAAUAAGAGCUUGGUAAACAUGUUGUUAAUUUUUAGUUCAGUGUCCCAACUUUAACUGGAGUUGUUACGCUUUAUUUCAGUUAUGCUAUAAGACAUCCUCUGAAUUUUGUAGUUUUACAAGACAAUUUCACUCCCCGUAAACUGCCCAUAUUUCACGAACCUCAAAAGCAGCCCAAGCUGAUAAGUUUUCAAUAAAACUAAGCUAGUAAAGUGGGGUUUUUGUUUGUUUUCCCCCUUCAAAGUACAUUUUAUAGUCUAGAAUACCUGCUACCUUGUAAGUUUAGAUGUAGGCUUUGAAAGAUCGUAACAGAAAUUCCUGUCAACUUAAACAGCAACUUUAAAUUAGGUUUAUGGGAAGUAUGUUAAUAAAGGGAAAAGAGUGUGGUUGAACUAACGGUCCGGGUAUCGUAUCCAGCUGUCCUCACAUACUCUUGGAGAGUCGGAUACACCAUUCCAAUGACAUGCUGUUUGCCUGUCAUAAGAUGGAAAUAGUUUUUCCGUCAUGGAUUGUUAUGAGAUAAUAAAGCAAAUGUCAUAUUAGGUGCUUUUUAGGGAAAAUUUUCACACAUAGUAAACAUAUUCCCUCUAAAUGUGUUUCCCCUUAUUAGCCUGGACCUCUCCAGACUAUGGCUUUGUCCAUGGCUGGGUAUAAGAGAGGCCUCUUUUACAUCCACGCUUCACUCCCUGUGAAUUCCACUCUCCAGCGUCUUUAAAUCAGACCCAGAUCUGGGUUUAACCUCACCACGUCAGCAUGCAUUCUUUAUCAGAACCUUCUACUUUCCACCAGGUAAAUGUUGAUUGAAGGCUUCUAUACAUUAUUAAGGUACUAUAAUGUUAAUAGGUUCAGAGAUUUCUUGUGCCUUUGUCUUGUACAAAUCCACUAUGAUAUGUAGGUUGUUCUUAAGAUUGUUGUUUAUUUCAAUAGAGUUUUGUUUGGUUAGAUAGGAUCAUGGUUGUGGUGGUGGUUUUAUUUUGGUUUUGGCUUAUUUUAAAGUCAUAAGGUUUAAUUUUACUCAGGUACUGGUCCAAAAAGGUUAUUAUGCGUGGAAGAGAAAAGUUUGGGAAACCUGUUUUAUGGUGCCACCCAGAAUUAAUUAAACCCUGUGCCCGGCACUUCACCCAAAAGUACAGUAACAUGUGAGGAUGUACAUAUGAAUAAAAUAAUAAAGUGGGAAGUACUUUUUAAGUUCUUGUAUCAACAAAGAGUCAGUGAUUGGAUUGUAUUUACGUUUAUCCUUAAUCAGAUCCUUAAGGUCACAGUGUUACAAAGUUUCUUAUGGUGCUAAUAAAAAGAAUUCAUACUAUGGGAAAUGAGGUCCCAAAAAUGGGAAGGUGCCUCACUUGGGACAGAUGGAAGCAAGAAACCUGGGGCCAGGAUCCUCAGUGGGCUAUAGCACACUCUCCUGGUCUAUUAUCCUUCACCAGAAAAGGAGCUGGUGCUGGGAAGAAAUUUCUGAGAUAAACUGGAGAGUAGAGAGGAUGGUGAAGGUCAAGAAACAGGCCUGUUAACACAGGGAAACCCAGUUUACCUUUAUAGUUCCUCAGCAGGAUUCCUGAAAAAGUCCCUUCCCUCUCCUGAAUCCCUGCAAUUCUGGAUAAUAUUUCCCUAGUUGCACUUCAGGCCUGAGUGAGGAGCUGUAGUGGAGAAAAGGUCUCAUGAUCAGUUUUGUGUCAACAUCUCUGGAUGAUCAAGUGCUCCUGGCUCAUGGAGAGAGUCAUAGCAGGGGAGGGAAUUCCUCAGUCUCACCUGCCCCUUCUCCCGGGUCAUCCUCAUUAGAAAGUCCACCUGGUAAAGCAGUAGCCAUCAAGAAUUUGAAACCCCAGAUAUUUACACUGCCUGGAAGGUUGUUGAAAACGCUAAUACCAUUUUUGAGUAUUUGUUCUUUAUUUGUACCUGCAUUUUUUCUUCAAGGGCCUCUAGAACUGGUCUUUGUUCUUCAUGUGAUAGCUCUUUAAAUGUCUAAAACAGAACUCUUCUUUACUGUGUUCUAACACAAAUAAUUGUAAUUAUAAUUAUUUUUGUAAUUUAUUUGUUUGGUAACGUCUGUUACUCUAGAAUGUAGGCUUCCUGAGAUACAGGCUAUAAUUGUUUGAUCGCAAAUUCCCAAAUCUUAACACAAGACCUAGCUCAUGAUAUGUACUCAUUAAAUAUUUGUCCAGUGAAGGAAAAGAACACAAAUUCCUAAGCCUUCCCCAGGACCUACUGAAUGUAGCUCUGGGUGGGCCAAGCAGGCUGUAGUAAAAACCCGUUUGAGUGACUCUGCUGCAGUCUAAAGUUUGAGCAUCACUGCAGAGUAACAACUUGCCUUUCACUUUCAAGCCUACAGUCUGACAUUGCUUGAAAUUCCUGCCUUAAGUAAUUUACAACAUUACCCUCAAGAGGAGCCUACUGCCUGCUUGCUUCCUACAAGUGGGUAUGAAGGUAUAAGGGUGCGUUUAGUGUCGGUGGAGGAUUGCUUAGCAUCCAGGCUGCUGUGGAAGGAGCCUAGGCACACGGGGCCUUCGGUCCUAGGAAGGACAUUUCCACUCAAUGCAGUGCCUUUUCACUGGUGACUAACGUCAGACACCCUGACAGCUGUGAGAGCAGUAUUUGACUCACAUGUACAUCCCUGUGCCUCAGGUUGCUGAGCUCUGAUCUUAUUCUUACUUUAAAAGAAACUUUUUUAAGAAUUAUUAAUGCUUUUAUUAUAAGUCAUAGCCAUGUUUUAAAAAUAUAGUUUAAAAAAUUACCUACAACUUUACCAUCCAGGGAAAACCACUGUAAUUUAGCUAUAUGGUCUUCCAGACUCUUCUGUGCAUUUAUACAUUUUUUACAUGGGAUCAAAUUGUACGUGCUGUUUUGUAACUUUUUCAGUCAACAGUACCAUGAGUAUCUUACUGUGUUGUAUGUAUUUAUACAUCUUUUUAAAUGGCUGCAUGAUAUUUCAUCAUUAUGUGCCAUCUUUUAUUAAACUACUGUUGAAUUUUUAGGUUUCCAAUUUUUCACUAAUAAACUGCUUUUAAAAACA